UACUGUAUCUUUACCGUUACUCGCAGAACAAACGUCCACGGACAGCACUAUUUGCGCCGAGGAGGAAGCGUGCAGCCUGUAAAGCGGCACUGCGGCAUCGCCGUAUCACUGCGCCCCGGUCUCCCUUCUCCGGGAUCCUGAAGCUCGGAUCUGGGGAGAGGAGGAGGAGAUACCCUAUGGUUUUCCUUCGCGGGAUUUAUUUUGCCAGCUCCAAACCUUCUUGUGCUUUAUCUUUAUUUUUUCUUUAGUGACUGAAGGCCUUCAACUUGUCCGGACGGUCCCUCCCCACUCGCAAGGGAGCGUGAGUUUGCUGACCUUGGGUAAGAGCAGUUCCUGGAGAAGAAAGAUGUGGCGGCACCUGCUCAUCUCAUCACGGCGGGGCACGUUCACUGAGCAGACAUUUGCUUUAACUUGAAAAGUCCUUCCCCUGGCAAAAUCGACAGCUUGGCGAUAACGUGUUUAAUAGAUCAUUUUACACCUCCGCUGUAGGAUUUGAUGGACUGCCUUUGGGGAUCUUUUCGUGAAGCCUAGCUGGGUUCACGGAGUCAGUGCGCUUUUGAGUUUCCCAUAAAAGGCUUCAUCUGUUGGAUAUUAUGAUUACCUUGGAUCUAUCCCACUGAUAACAUUCUCUUGGAUAUUGUGGAGAUUCUCCUCAAGGGGGUCUUUGCCCAAGUGGAGGUUUAGCAGUGCCGCGUUGGGCCCUCGAAGGCUUUGAUUCCCGGUUAACAGGAGGGUUUAUUUGGAUGCUUCCAAUGAAGGACAUGGAUGGCCCUCGAUCUAGUGGUCUCCGGAAGAAGAGGAAGUCGAGGUCCGAGAGGGAUCGGGAGAGGAGAUCAAAUGGGAUACAGAACAACCACGUGAAGGGCUCCGUGUUUCGCUUCUCCUCUGACUCAGAGCGGGAGGGUGACAGGGAGCCCUCGUCGUCCCGACCUCGACCUCCACGAAGAAAGCGGAAGGAGUCUACUUCUGCCGAAGAGGACAUCAUUGACGGCUUUUCCAUCACAGGGUUCGUGACCCUCGAGGCCCUGGAGAAGAACAUGACGCUAAAGCCUCAGGAAGGCAGAGACAACCAGGCAGGAUCCCUGCAUAAGAAAACCCCUUCUAGGGUUCCCAAUGGCCUGAGCCUGGAGCCCUGCAGGAACAAUUUCCACCACCAGUCCUCAGACCAGGAGAACAACCCCCGCUUGGCUCACUCGCAAGGGAAAAAGAAGAAGCACCUGAACAAGAAACACACGAUGCUGAAGCCAGGGCAGAACAACUGUAAGGACAGCGACAGUGAGAGUGUAAGCGAAGAGUCCAAGCCUUCCUUCAGGAGCAGCUCCAGAGACAGACUGACAGACUGCGACACUGAGAGUGACCAGGACGACAAGGAUUUCAAUGACAUUUAA